AUGGCAGAUGAUGUGGAGAAGUGUCGAGCAGCCUUACAUGAGUGUCCGCCUGGUCAUUCUGAUCGAUGCAGCUCUCUCAGCAAACUUGCCGCCUCCCUUCAAGACAGAUUCCGACAGGGGGGCGUGCUGUCUGACUUGGAUGAGGCGAUUGAGCUAGAUCGAGUUGUUCUCGCCCUCCGUCCCCUUGGUCAUUCUGAUCGAUAUCAGGCUCUCCACAACCUUUCCGUCAGCCUUCAUGACAAAUUUGAGCUGCAGGGCAUCCCAUCUUACCUCGAUGAAGUCAUUGAACUCCGUCGAGCUGCACUUGCACUCUGUUCCGACGAUCAUCUUGAUCGAACCAGCUCUCUCAGCAACCUUGCCUUCAGCCUUCGAGACAGAUUCCAGCAGGGAGGAGUCCUGUCUGAUCUCGAAGAGGCCAUUGAGCUUCAUCGAGCUGUUCUCACACUCUGUUCCGACGGUCAUCCUGAUCGAACCAUCUAUCUCAAACACCUUGCAUUCAGCCUUGAAGACAGAUUCAAGCUGCAGGGCAUCAUAUCUGACCUCGAAGAGGCCAUUGAGCUCCAUCGAGCUGCACUCGCACUCUGUCCCGACGGUCAUCCUGAUCGAACCAACUCUCUCCACAACCUUGCCCACUGCCUUCGGGACAGAUUCAAGCUGCAGGGCGUCCUGUCUGAUCUGGAUGAGGCCAUUGAGCUCCAUCGAGCUGCACUCACACUCUGUCCCAACGGUCAUCCUGCUCGAACCAACUCUCUCAACAACCUUGCGUUCAGCCUUGAAGACAGAUUCAAGCUGCAGGGCAUCAUAUCUGACCUCGAAGAGGCCAUUGAGCUCCAUCGAGCUGCACUCACACUCUGUCCCAACGGUCAUCCUGCUCGAACCAACUCUCUCCACAACCUUGCGUUCAGCCUUGAAGACAGAUUCAAGCUGCAGGGCAUCAUAUCUGACCUCGAAGAGGCCAUUGAGCUCCAUCGAGCUGCACUCACACUCCGUCCCCCUGGCCAUUCUCAUCGGUCUUUCUCUCUCGGCAGCCUUAUUUGCAGCCUUGAAACUAGAUACCGGCAGCGGGGUGACUUGGCCGACCUGGAUGAGAUAAUCGAGCUCUAUCAAGCUGCACUAGCCCCUGAGGAUGAUCUGCGAUCGUCGUAUUUCAAUGACCUGGCUGUGUGGCUUAGCGACAGAUUCGAGCAGCGGGGCGACUUGUCCGACCUGGAUAAGUCCAUAGAGUGUUUUCGAGCCUCACUGGCAGCCUGUCCCAAUGACCAUCCCCGUCGAUUCUUGUCUCUACACAUCCUUGCCCAAGACCUUGAUACCAGGUUCCAUCAUCGAAACAUUCGAUGUGACCUGGAUGAGGCCAUUGACCUUCAUCGAGACGCACUAGCGCUCUGUCCCGCUGGUCAUCCUCAUCAAUCCUGUUUACUUGACACCCUUUCCCGCAGCCUUGGAGAAAGAUUCCGGCAAUGGCCCGUCCUUUCUGACCUGGAUGAGGACAUUGGGCUCCUUCGAGCUGCAUUGGCACUCUGUCCCUCUGACAAUCCUGCACGAUCCCAUUCUCUCCAAAAGCUUGCCAAAGCCCUUAGUACCAGAUUCGAUCACCGGCGCGUCCAGACUGACCUGGAUGAAGCCAUCGAACUUAACCGAGCUGCACUGGAACUCUGUGACCUUGAGCAUUCUGAUGCAUAUGCUCUCUUCAACCUUGCGCAAGACCUUCACAUCAGAUUCCAGCUGCAGGGCAUGGUGUCUGAUAUUGAUGAGGCCAUCGAGCGUCAUCGAACUGCACUUAAACACUAUCCCCCUGGCCACCACUCUCAUCAACCCUGUUCUCUCAACAACUUCGCCGGCAGCCUUCGGACCAGAUUCGACCUGCGGGGCACCCUGUCUGACCUGGACGAGGCCAUGGAACUCAGUCGAACUGCGCUGACGCGUUGUCCCCCCGACGAUCCUCAUCGACCCAGGUGUCUCGGCAGCCUUGCCAUCAGCCUUCGCGAUAGAUUCGAGCUGCAGGGUGUCCAGUCUGACCUGGAUGAUGCCAUUGAGCUCCAUCGAGCUGCACUCGCGCUCUCUCCCGACGGUCAUCCUUAUCGAUCCAGCUCUCUCAACAACCUUGCCCACUGCCUUGGAAAUAGAUUUGAGUUCCAGGGCGUCUUGUCUGAUCUGGAAGAGGUCAUUGAGCUCUAUCGAGCUGAACUCGCACUCUAUCCCGACGGCCACCCUGAUCGAACUAACUCUCUCAGCGACAUUGCUACCAGCCUUCGAACUAGGUUCGAGCAGCAGGGCGUGGUGUCCGACCUGGAUGAGGCCAUCGAGCUCCAUCGAGCUGCACUCGCACUCUGUCUCCCUUCCGAUCCAUUCCGAUCCCUUCUUCUUAGUGAUCUUGCCCGUAGCCUUCAAACUAGAUGCCAGCAGCAGGGCGUGCCGUCAGACCUGGCCGAGGCUAUUGAGCUUCAUCGGGCUGCGCUAGCACUCUGUCCCCAUGGUCAUCGUCAUCGAUCCUGCUCUCUCAAUAACCUUGCCGUCAGCCUUCGAGACAGAUUCGAGCAUCAGGGUGUCCUGUCUGACCUGGAGGAGGCCAUCGAGCUCCAUCGAGCUGCACUGUCUCUCCGCCCCCCUGGCCAUUAUCUUCGGUCGUUGUCUCUUAACGACCUUACCAGUGUCCUUCAAACCAAAUUCCAUCAGCGGGGUCUGUCAUCAGACUUGGAAGAGGUCUUCAGGCUUUAUUCACAACUCCCUCAAGUAUCACAUGCAAUCUCUCGUAGAGAUCUUCGUGCUGCAAAGUCAUGGGCCGCCUCCGCCGAACAGCUAAACCAUAAUUCUGCGUUGGUUGCGUAUCAGACCACAUUGAAAUUCCUUGAUCAACACACUGCUCUUUUAUCUUCUUCCCCCCGCCAUUUCGAUGUCGUCAGAAUGGCCACUUCAUCCCUCGCAAUGGACGCUUUCUCGUGUGGUAUUCGUCAAGGGGCAUUCACAACUGCUGUGGAACUGGUGGAGCAAGGUCGUGCAGUGUUCUGGACCCAGUUAUCACGCUUCCGCACACCAUUGGAUGAACUGUCUGCAUCAGGUGAUACUGGCGUAGCCUUAGCAGAAGAGUUCAGGCAACUCAGUUUUCGUCUUCGUAACAUGGUAGAUGUGUCUACCAAAGACCAGUCCGCAGAAAUCCGGCAACUGACCGUGCAAUGGGAUGAUGUCAUAUCCCGUAUCCGCAUGCUGCCUGACUUUUCCCAGUUUCUCCUUCCUCCGCUAUUCUCUGAUCUUCGGAUGGCAGCGGAAGAUGGUCCAGUCGUUAUUGUCAACGCAAGCCAGUAUAGCUGUGAUGCUUUAAUCAUCCUCAUUGCCCAAGAUCCUGUCCAUGUUCCGCUUGGUCUUGCACUAACCGAGGUCUCGCAGUUGUCCUCCGAGUUCCAGUCGCUCAUACAUCGUGCUGGUUCUUCUGAUCACCAACUUGAAUCACACAAGCUUGUUGGCGUCCUACGCAAGCUGUGGGAUAAGAUUGUUGGUCCAAUCCUUCAAAUGCUCAGGAAGUUCAUUCCCCGUGGCUCACGCAUCUGGUGGUGUCCUACCGCCGACUUCACGCUACUUCCUCUACAUGCAGCAGGACCUUAUGAGCCAAACAGCCAUAAUUUUUCCCACUUCUACAUUUCCUCUUACACCCCAACUUUGACGGCACUCAUUCGCGCGAGACAACAGCCCUCUCGAGAUGCCUCUGUGGAGCAUUUUGUUGCCAUUGGGCAAGCAAAUCUGGCAGGGUGCAAUGACCUUCGGUGUGUCGCUGCUGAGUUAGACGUUGUCGCUCAGCGUGUCGCGCCCUUCAUAUCCUUCACAUCACUCGCGUGCAGCGAUGCAACGGUCCAAGGGACAUUGGAUGCAUUGAGCCAAAAACAGUGGCUUCACUUGGCUUGCCAUGGAUUGCCGAAUCCAAAACAACCAUUCGAGUCUUCUUUCGCCAUGCACGACGGGCCUUUAAUGAUCAGCGAGAUCAUACGGACUCACUUGCAGAAUCCAGAAUUUGCAUUCUUGUCGGCUUGUGACACAACUGUGGGUGAUGAGUCGAGUCCCGACGAGGCGAUUCAUCUCGCUGCAGCGAUGCAGUUCUCCGGAUUUCGAAGUGUGAUUGGAUCUAUGUGGUCUGUCGACGACGACGUUGUAGGCCAGAUCGUCUCUCUUUUCUAUGCAAACCUGGUUGAUGAUUCAGGGAGAUUGGACUGUAGACGUGCUGCAGGAGCGUUGCACAAGGCUGUGAAGACGUUACGCAAAAAGAUUCCAUUCGAACAGCAGAUUGUAUUCGUUCACAUAGGUGUCUAGUUUGAAGAUCCAUUGUAUAUGUAUGACUCUUUUUUGCUUCCAGUCACCCAGAUAUGUAAUCUACAUGAUAGACAGCUACCGUGUUCGCCAUACACUCAGUGUAAAUAUAUGAUUGAAGACGAAUCA